AUUUUUCAAACAUUGCAACACUCACAAAUUGCGCGUUGAGCGCUAAGCGCUAAUGCGAAUUACGAGUUUUUGAUUUCGCCGUCAAUUCUACUGGUGGUUUAUCACUUCUAUCUACAUUUUUGUAAUUUGCUAGACAUUUAAAGUUAAAUUUUCAUUGCGCUUUGUUUUCGGUGAAGAGUGAUUUUAAAUUUUAACUAUUGAUAGUAGUCGGACCUCCCUCCAAGCGUUUCUUUGACACAUUUUACAGACGCCAUGUUUGUCACGUUUUUGCCAGUUGUGAAUAUAUUUAGCCAAAAAUUGUAUUUGCAGUAGCGUUUCUUCGUAUAAUUGUAGAACAGUGCCCUACACCAGUUCCACAAUGAGUCAAAAAACACCAAGAAAUAAGGAAAAGCGAUCGCACUCAUCUUCUAACGAAGUUAACAAUUCAUUUGUGAAAAAUGUGACAUCUAGAGUAUCAGGCUUACUGCCCAGUACUAUCACAAAGUGGUUCAGCAGCCCACGCUCCUCAGAUGCAAAUGGCUCGAUGCCAGUUGCUGAUGCUUCAGAUUCUUCAGAUGAUGAAAUUGUGGAAAGCCCGGAAGUACCUCAACAGCCACCUGCAAAACGCAUGCGGUUCAACUCAACAGGGACCUACAAUCACUACAGUCCUCCAGAUGCAAGCUGCUCCAGAAAUGAUGUGGAAAUCAGAGAACUACCAUAUAGUCCCUUCACAGGCACUCAGUGUACACAACCUACUCGUAACUCAUAUAGUACAGCACUGAGGCCACCAAAUGAAGACCAUCAGGACACCAUGGAAAGAGACACACCACGAUUCAAGAUGUCUCACUCCUUCGCCAGUACUGGUCAAUCAGUUGCUGCAAAAAGAAAAUCUAUUUUUGAAACAACCACCCCUGAGGAAGUGAGGAGAGCCACUGCAAAAGCAUCAACAACUGCGUCGUAUCGUGAUCCAAAGCAGCCCAGCUUUAAACCUAGUCUGCUUGGUUCACCAUUUUACCCUGGGAGAACUAUGUAUGGAGGAGCAGCGUCUUCAUACAUUAACCAGCCGAAUAUAAAACAAGAGACUGUAGCGGUAGUUAAUGAGUCUCCGAUCAACGAUGACAGCGCCAUCAGCAGCGCUGCGCGACGUAUCAUGGACCUACUAGAAAGCUAUUCCUCACCGCUCAUGGAAGCCCGCAGGAUCCCGCUCUAUACCAAACCCAAAAAUGAUCGAUUUCUUAUGGGCAAUACAUCCUCUUCUUCUACAAAUAGUAAUUUAGCACAUCGGACUCGGGAGCUUCAUGUACCAAGCAUUGCAUCUAUACUACGCCUGAAAAAGAAGUCUCGUCUCAUGGACACGACGAAUAUUGCUCGUCAAUUAAUGGCUUCUCAAAGCAGUACUUCUAACGAAAUUCCUGCUUAUCCUAAUCAGGAAACGAGAGGGAAUGACACCCAGAAGGAACCACCUCAUAAGUUUUCUACCAAAAUAAAAUCAAGAAUAACUAGAACUAACCGAGGGCAGCAAGAGGAGAUCGACAUUGCAACUCCCGUGAAACUGCCCACAGGCACAUUACAGUUAGACAAAGACAAACUGCCCCAAUUUACAUUCGAUACACCGCCGCCGCCGCCAGCGGCAGCUAAGCUCACUACAUCAACACCAAAAAUUGUUUUCCCUACAGCUGAUAAAAAAGCUACUCACAUACCCACAAGUAAGCACGAAACCGUAAUUAGUAGUGUCUACACAUUUUCUAAUCCUGUAAAAGUAUCAAGUUACGACUUACAAGUGGAAUCUUCACCUUUGAAAUUCAAAUUCGACUCUCCUGAGCGACGUAUAGAUCAGAAAUUUGAAAACAAACAUGACGAAUCUUCUGUUGUUGUAGGUGUGAUAAAAGCAAAUGAAACAAUCUCGACUAAACCAAAAGACUGGCAGUGUUCCGACUGCUGGGUUAAAAACAAGCCAGAAUCCAACAAAUGUGUUUGUUGUGGAGCUAAACAGCCAAUACAAAAUGCUAGUGCUAAGUGCUCUGUUUGUAAACUUGCCGAUAGUCAGUCACAAAAAGACAAAUGCGCUAAUUGUGAGAAGAUGUCUGCGACACAAGCCGGAAAGGCUAACCUUCAAUCAAUCGGGGCGAGUUCCACAUCGAAAUCUCUGUUCAGUAAUGCAAGUGACAGCAGUUCGAAGUUUACUUUACCUACCUUCACUGCAGUUACAGAGAUACCAACCAAUGUUUUUUCAAAACCUGAAACAGUGACUAGUCCAUUAAAUUCAGUACAAAACACUACUAAAGUGGCAGCUGAUUGGAAAUGUGACGAUUGUUGGAUCUCGAACAAAAGCAGCGUAGAUAAAUGCGCAGCUUGUGGUGGUGCCCGACCCGGAGCGAAACAGGCUAGUACUGCGGACUCUUUAAGUAAUAAAACUACGUCAUUCGGAACCAGUGACAAAUUUAAAGCAAUUGCUAAGACCCAACAUUCAGACAAAUGGGAAUGUUCAAGUUGCUUAGUUCGUAACGAAAGUGACAAAAAGCAAUGUGUAUGCUGUGGUGCGGAAAAAGAAGGCAUAAAGAAAAUGCCUGAAUCAAAGUUCAAUUUUGGAACAGUUACGAACAAUACGUUUAAAUUCGGCAUCGAUCCCAAAGUGCAAGGCGCCAGCAUUGCUGACAAACCAGAAGUUCCAUCAAUACUAGAUACGAAAUUGAAACCGCAGUCAGAAGCAAAUAAUAAUGUUUUGGCUGAAACACCAACAUUUACAUUUUCACUGCCUACUAAAAAAUUAGAAAAUAAAGUUGAUACUCCAAAAGAAAAGACAGAUGAAGCUCCAAAAAUGAAUUUCACAUUUGGUAUUCCAAAAACAAUACCAACAGUUACAACGAAAUUGCCAGAGACAAAUAAAAAUUCCGAAGAAGAGAAACUUCAAGAAGUUCCUUCGGUUGACUUAAACUUACCUGUGCAGAGUAAACCGCAGGUGCCUGAACUGACUCCAGUUAGUAAAGAAAAUAAGCCGUUACUACCAACUACGAGUUUAUUUAAUCCGUUAGCCAAUACCACAAAGAAGGACACUUCACUUAAAAGCGCUGCCGCAUUACCAGAAGCGGCUGACGCUCAAAAUCCAAAACCAGCAUUUACAUUCGGUUUGUCGUCCAGUACAAAACUAUUUGAACCUCCGGCAAGUACGGGUACGUCGACGAAUUUGUUCACACCGCCUUCGCAAAGUACAGUAUUGCCAACAACUAGUGCGCCCACUUUAUCAAUGUUCAAACCGGCUGAGCCAAGCACAACCGCCACAUCAUCGUCAUCAAUAUUCCAACAGCCCGAUUUAAACAAACCUGCUGCAUCUCUAUUCCAAAACAAAGAAGCUUCUAGCAGCGCAACACUGGCUCCGACACCGGCACAGACACCGGCACAGACACCGGCACCAGCACCGGCAACAGCACCAGCACCAGCACCGGCAUCUGUACCAGCACUGGCACCUACACUGGCACCAGCGCCAUCACUAGCACCAGCGCUCGCACCAGCACCGGCAUCAGCACCAGCAUCUACGCCAGCAGCAACACCAGCGCCAAUUUUCAGUUUUGGCAGCAAUGCAGCGAGUAACUCUUCGGCCCCAACUGCACUCACGUUACCUACUGCCACAGAGAAACCUAAAUUUCAAUUUACAUUUGGUAGUAAUACAACUCCUGCAACAAACCCACCAGCGUUUAAGUCACCAUUCGGUGCGAGUGAAAGUAACGUAAAUACAAAUACUUUUAAUUUGUCUUCUGGAUCUUCGUUGGGUUCUAGUAAUAAUCUUGCUACAAAUAGUUUUGGAGGCAGCAAUGGAUUAAAUGCGCCAAAUGGCCUUACGGGAAAUCCUAUGAUGGGAAAUACACUUUCUGCAAUGCCUGGAAAUUCUCUUCCAACAAAUAAUUUAGCAAUGGGCAAUACGUGUACCUUAGGAGGUACCAAUGGCCUAUCUGCAAAUCAACAAUCAACUACUAUGCAGGCGGGGAACUCUUUAACCGGAGGUGCAACGGUCUUGUUCAAUAAUACCGCUCCAAAAGAGAAUAUGUGGGCGGCGAGCAGCAACACCUCGACCCCGAAUCUAUUCGUGUCUAACGCUACGACCAGUAGCUUACAGAAGCCGGCUACAUUCACAUUCGGAUCUUCCACACCGUUCAAUGCCGGUAACAACGCGCCGGCUUUCGGUGCUGGCGCGGCGCCUCCGCAAAAUAUAUUCGGUAUGAAUAACCAGAGUAACAACACACAGCCAAAUCUCUUCUCGAGUCCGGUUCAAAGCCCGCCAUCAGGAAAUUUGUUCGGCUCGACGCAGCCGGCCAGCAAUCCUACACCACAGAUUCCUAUGUUCGGUUCACCAAGCAUGGGUGCGACGUCAACCUUUGGUUCGCCGACUCCGUCUAUUCCUUCAUUUGAGGCCCCGUCGCUGAACCCAGCGCCUGCGCCUGCCUUUUCCUUUGGCUCUCCGCAACCAUCUGCAACAGGCAUUUUCGGAUUUGGACAACAGCAGCCGCACAUGCAGCAGCCGCAAAUGCAACAGCAGCCCUUGCAGCAGCAAUCGGGCGUGUACAGUUUCGGUGGGGCUCCCGCCGGUACGCCACAGGUCCAGUUCAACAUUGGCGCCAAUGGCUCCAACCCCGCCGUCCGACGCGUUCGUAAAGCUGUUCGUCGGAAUCCGCAACGAUGAAAUUUACUUCGCCUCUAGCACGAAAUGGACUGGGUCCAGUAAGUGCCCAAUAUAGUUAAAUUGUGAGAACUACAUGGAUAUUAUGAAAUCAUCCUAGACAGUGAAUUAUCUAAAUUAUAAGUUAGCCAUUAAUGUUAUUGUAAAAUGUAUAAAAUUGUAGUUAAUUUUGCUGUAGUGAACAUUGUGUUAAUUUUUCAUUAAUUUUAUGUUUUAUUUUUGCACUUUCAGUCUUCUUCUAUCUUCUGGCUUUUUCCCAUGUAGUUUUGGGCAUUCAGCACUGAAUCUAAAACCAGAUUUCACUAAAAGUAUUUAUUCAGGAUGACAAUUUACUAAUUUUACCAGUAAUACUAUCAAGGUAAGAUGUUCCUUUCUUAAAUAAUAAACUUGCAAACUAUUUAUAAUAUUGCUAUUUACUUAUUGUACCUAAUGUAUCAGCUAAGGAUGUUUGGGUCCGAAUGCUUGCAAAUUAAAGUAUAUUAAGGAUAUUCUAUAGGCCAUACGGACAAAUGCUGGUACGCCAUGGUAGUCUUUGUGAUCUUGAAAAAAUCUAUCUAAUUUAUCGUAAAUUAAUUUUGAUUGGCCGUUGGCUAUUUGCCGAAUUGUUUUCCGAACCUGCUAUUUUUGGAAGCAUAUGUUUUUUAUUUAAUAAUCUAAGAGCAACUAAUAGGUCAGAAGCAUCUUACUUUGGUAUAGUUUUUUAAUGCGCAAUAAUAAUAAUAAUAAUGUAUACGACCUUCAAAUAAUUUGGCGUUGAUACGGACUGGAAUAAUGUGUAAAAUUUUCGUGAACUACACGGUGAAAAUAAUUUUUACUUUUUUAAACCAUUUUAUUUUAAGUAGGGGUGUGCAUACAUAAGUCAUUUGCUUUUAUAUAUUUUUACAAUACCAUAGACUGUGAACUCAAUGAAAGAGUUAUAGAUAUGGUUAACACGUAGAUUAAUUAGAAUACAAUGUUCAUUGUUCAUAUAAUCGAUAUAUACAGGUGUAUGUUGUUAUAAACACGAAAUAUGUAAAAUAGCAAGUAGAAAUGUAAUACUUCGAAAAGCUGAGGGCUCAGACGUAAUUCUACAGACUUAUAUGUUAAGAUAAAUGAUCGAAACAAGAUAUUUAUAUAUAUUCUGCCACAAUAUUCACGACAUCAUAAUAAUAAUGCUUCGGAAUAGAAUUACGAAAUGCUUGCAAAGAAACAUUACUUGCUGAGAAGGAAGGACAUAAAUUCAUUAUAAUUAUUAUGUAGGUCAUCCCAUCAUAUGUCAAGGGAACCAAAUUCCUUGUAAACCAUUACAAUAUAGUAUGUACCAUGAGUUGAAUCCAUGUGUCGUUAGCAGAUUGUUUAACAUUUUUGCGAUUAAACCAAGCUCAUUAAGCAAUUUAACCAUCAGCCAUUUCAGUUAAAAGAGUGUGGUUGAGAUUGCAGAUACCUUUAUAGUGUAGUCAAAUUAAGUAAUUAUUUUAAAUUGUAAUAUAUCCUUUAAAUAACAUGACAAAAACCAUUUCUAAUUGUUGUGUAUGUGGAACUGGAAAUUGUGAAAAAUUCAAUUAUGGAUUGAGAGAAGGUAGUUUAUCGUCGAUACUGAAAACGACAGCCUGUCGAGAAAUUUUCAGUUACAAAGUAGAAUAUUCCAAAAAGAUCUAAAAGUUUUAUGUACACUGUAAUCAAAGUAUUUAAAACUUUUAUUCAUUUUCUCAUAUUCAAACUUAUCAACAAACUUACAUAACAUGAAUGCUCCUUAGAUUCAUGAAUUAAUGAUGCCACAAAUAAUUACAAGUAGGUGAACUUUUACUAAUUUGACUACAUUAUAAUUAAAUGUAAAAGACUUGUCAAACCACUAAUAUAAUAAAUAUAAAAUUAUUUAAGGAAAUUGGGGUGCUAAAAGAUAUAUAUAAAUGUAAAAGGAUAAAAUAUAUUAAAGGAAAUGGCCAACAUUUUAAUUAUUUCUUUAAUUGAACUGAAUUUAAAUCUUGAAAUUUUGUUUGUAUGAAUACACAACAUUUUUUACUUGCAUGAUGUGCUUUUUAAUUUGCCUAUUUGUUUCGAUCUGUUUUUGAAACAUGAUACAAAAUACGCCUUUUUUUGGAGUAAAAACUACAACUAGGAAUAGACCCGUUGAUAAUUUAUUAUUGAUUGUGAUUCGUAUAUACUCAUAAGCUGAAGAGGCAAAUGAAAAAGUCUAUAAAAAUUUAAUUUCUCUUUUAUGGCACCAAUUUAAUUCAGAUCUACAUAUUUAUAAUAAUUAUGUUAUGACACAAAAAGCCAAAUGAUAUGAAUUAUUACGAUUGUUAGUCGUUGAAGUUAUCACAUGAUAAUAUAAUACUUAGGGCUGAUUUUGCAAUAGUCAGAUAAAUGUUAUCUGAGGAAUAAAAUUGUUGCUGUCACUGUCUUAUACAAACAUUCUGACGCGACAGCAUUAUAAUUAUUUCCAAAUAACUUUUAUCUAUCCAUUGAAAAAUCAGCUAAAUAAUUAGAAAACAAAAAAAAAAUAAUAAUAAAGUUAUUACUCUGAGUGUUAUACCAAUCAAGGUUUGGCAAAGUUUGUGGAAUGUUGUGCAUGAUCGUAAGAGGCGACGUGCAUGUAUGUAUACAUGAAAUUUAAUUCUCAAUAACAUAAAUAUAUAUUUUAUAAGAUUAUGCAGGCAAUUUUUUAAAUCAUUAUUGUAAGAUUUUACAGCAACUAAUAUUUUAAACGUGGUUUCAGAAACGCUAUCUGUUUUACAGUCAUUAAUUAGAUAACCAACAAAUAAAUGCUUUAGAAUGUAACUGAAAUAGUGAUGUAAAGAAAUAUUUUAGACUAAUUAAUUAUUUGAACUGUUAUCCCUGGUAUUUGUUGAAUAAAAGUUGUAAGGCAGAUAAAAUAACAUAAUAUCAUGCACACUAACUGAUAUACACUAUAAUUAGAUAAUUUUUACUGUAUAAGUAUUUGCCUUUUUGGGUGUAACAGAUGUUAAUAAAUAGUACUACACCUUGUGUUGUUGUAAAUAGUUGCAUAUUGCACUUAGAGAAAAGACAGUAAUCAUAAUAUCUACCUUACAUUAUGUUUGUUAGGGUAGUUCAUUCACAGAACUAGCAUUCAAUGCGCACUUUUGAAUAAUAUCAAAUUACUAGCUUUAAGUACCAAUUACACAGGCUGUCACAUUUCUCAAACUGUUACUGAACUAUGAGGUUGUAGCAAUAGAGUUCCUAAUAACAUUUGUCAUCUUACCAGUGAAUGAACCGAAAUCAUUACUACUACCACUACAGCGGGCUCGUCACUGUGCGUCUUAAUAUUGGCUAAGUAACCUAUAACAUAUUUUCUUAUAAUUUGCUAGGCAUUAUUUUCUUACAGUAGUCUGUAUGCAUUACCUUCAAUAAAUAACUAUACACUUUUUACUGGUAUUAUAGAUAAGUUUAGAUUAGUGGUUAAGCUCUGAAAAAUAUAUUAAUUACUAUCAGAUAUAAUAAAUUUAGGGAAUGUAGAAACAAUUAACCUGGUAAGCUACUUCUCUUAAAAAAUAAUUAUUUAAACAGAUUCUUUUACGUAAAACAGAAAUAUUUAGAUGAGUAAACAAUAGAAUCGCUUUACAAAGUAAAAUGUAUCAUAUAAGUUAACUUGUAAUCUGAUCUGUUGUAUAAAUCAUAUUUCCACGUCAUAGUAAUAGCUGUUAACAAUUAUGUUCCCUUUGAUACUUCCGACUUGAUUCCUUGAAGGAUAUAUAUGAAAGCUGGUCUUUCAAAAACAAAAACACUGAAAGUUUUGAUUAUACAGGGUGUUUGGAAGGACGACACAAAGUCUCAAGGCAGUGAUACCUUGGAUGUUGAAGGUAUCACACCGCCUUCAGGCUUUGCGAUGACCGAACUUUCAAACAGCAUAUAUACUAAUUAUAGUACUUAUAACUCUACGAAUAAAAUACUUCAAAGUAUUAUUUCUUAUUCUUUGCUAAUAGGCCUGCGUAUUUUGUUUGUUUACAAGCUUUCUGUUUUUUGCAUGAAACCUUGCAACUUAAUUUCAAAGAGAAAGAUGUCGUUAAAAAUUGGUCUGUCAUUGUAAAUCUAUAAUAGAAUUGAACAAAUUCCAAGAUAGUCCUAUUUCUUAAAAUUUAUUACAAACUGGUAUUGAUUGACAAUGUUUUGUAAGUGAUAUCCAAAAAAUAAUACAUAUUGGAGAUAAAGUAAUUUCACCUAGGUUAUGUAUUGGUAGUCUGUUACCGACCGCUUGUAAGUACCGACAUUUAAUAGCUGUAAGCGUACGACAGCGCGGUUCAAUGACCCAUAUAUUUUUUUCCGAAACCAUACAAAUGUUUAAUAUCGCAUUUGAUUAUGUACAAACUUUUAGGUCAUAAUUUAUCAAAAAAGAAUUUGUUAUUGGGAAUGUAUUUUUAAGUGCCAACUUCAUAUUAUUUUGUAAGCUACAUGUAAAGCCUCUAAUUUAAGGUAUGUUAUGUUUGCUGGUCUUUAUGAAAUGUAAGCCAAAAUUUCGAUGUCGUUGUUCUCAUUUAUUCUUUAAAAAUAUAUACAUUAAGGUAGGAUUACUUUUAAUUUAGUAUUGUUUCACUGUUCAGAACGCGAUACUUAACUCGUACGUAAUUUAUAUACGAACACACUGAUUGGAUCAAAUUAUUACAAUCUGUUGUAUUAUCAAUUUGGCUUAACCCGAAAAAUGUUGCUCUACACUAUUCCACAUUAAACUUGAAGAAGUUGCAGCAAAUAUUCUUAGGGUAUAUAUAUCCUAAAGGAUCCCUUUAAUUUAGUUUAAUUAUAUGAUUAAGUUUUAAGGUAAUUUUAUAAAAGUUUAAAUCGAUAAACUGGUUUCAACAAGUGAAAUAAUGUAGUAACAUUAAACUUUUUGCUUCGGUUUUGAUUUGUUGACUGUAAAUAUAGUUAAAUAUAAUUAUGUCAACAUGUUGUGUAGUCGCAUUUGGAACUAUUGUAAUCUUAUUUUUUUAGCACUGAAAUAAAAAAAAUCAACGUUUCCAAAUGCCUACUACACACAGUCAUUUAGUGUAAAGUAUAACUAUUGUCUACUGUAAUAAACAACACUAUCAGUGGAAAUUAAAAUAAAUGUUAAUGGAAGAUUGGGGAGCAAAACUAACUGUAUACUAGAUGGUGUUCUGAAUAAGAGUUAAAUGUUGAUAUUUGAUUGAAAAAAUUGUUGAUAUAUAAAAUGCCUUUAGAUUUGUUCCUCAAUGAAACUGGCCAUUAAAAAAAUAAA